AUGCUGGCGAGGCGGCCGCGCGAUCCCCUCCAGGCCCUGCGGCGUCGCAAUCAGGAGCUGAAGCGGCAGGUUGAUAGUUUGCUUUCAGAGAGCCAACUGAAGGGCGCUCUAGAAGCCAGUAAAAGGUGUGACAUUUACCAAAGAUGCAUCCAAUUAAAACGUGCAAUAGAUGAAAAUAAAAAUACUCUUCAGAAGUUAAGCAAAGCUGAUGAGUCUGCACCUGUAGGGAACUACAGUCAGAGGAAAGAAGAGGAGCGUGAUCUUUUGGAUAAACUCACCCACCAACUGCAAGAGCUCGCUGUGGCCAUAAGCAGAGAAAGUAUAACUGAAACUGGGACACUUACUGAAAGAGAGGAAGAUGAUGAUUCUGCUGAGGAAGGUGAUGAUGAGGAGGAUGAGGAGGAUGAUGAAGACAACAGUGAAGAAUGUGGUGAGGAAGAAAAAGGGACGGAAGAGGAGGAGAAACAGGGAAAUGAGUCUCACAGACAGGCAGCAAGGGGAGAAUAUGUUGCUGUGGGAGAUUUUGCUGCUCAACAAGUUGGGGAUCUUACAUUCCAGAAAGGGGAAAUUCUCCUGAUAACUGAAAAGCAGCCUGAUGGUUGGUGGGUAGCUGAGAACGCCAAAGGGAAUAAAGGCCUUGUUCCCAGAACCUACUUGGAGCCCAAUAAUAAAGAAAAAGGCGAAGAAUCAAGUGAGGAAGGAAGUGAAGAAGAUGUGGAGGUGGUGGAUGAAGCAGCAGAUGGAGCAGAAGUUAAGCAAAGAGCUGGUUCGCACUGGAGUGCUGUUCGGAAAUCUAUCUCAGAGCAGAUAAACACUGUUGACGUGUUAACCACAAUGGGAGCUAUCCCUGCAGGGUUCAGGCCUUCCACGCUCUCCCAGCUUCUGGAGGAAGGGAAUCAGUUUCGAGCAUGCUACUUCUUACAACCAGAGCUCACCCCUUCACAGCUGGCCUUCAGAGAUUUAAUAUGGGAUGGGAAAGCUGGCACCAUUAGGUCAAGAACAAGUCGUAUUUCAUUGAUUCUGACACUGUGGAGCUGUAAAAUGAUUCCUCUUCCGGGAACGAGCAUACAGGUGCUCAGCAGACACAUCCGCCUCUGUCUGUCUGAUGGUAGCAAGGUUCUGAGCAACAUUCAUACCGUCAGAGCCACGUGGCAGCCUAGAAAGCCCCAGACGUGGACCUUUUCUCCCCAGGUCACUGGCAUCUUGCCAUGCUUGCUUGAUGGUGAUUGUUUUAUCAGGUCCAAUUCCUCAUCUCCAGACCUUGGGAUAUUAUUUGAACUUGGAAUUUCUUAUAUUCGCAAUUCCACUGGAGAAAGAGGGGAGCUGAGUUGUGGCUGGGCGUUUCUGAAGCUUUUUGAUACCAGUGGAAUUCCUAUUCCAACAAGGACCUACGAGCUCUUCUUGAACGGUGGCACCCCUUAUGAAAAAGGUGUUGAAGUGGACCCUUCAGUAUCCAGAAGAGCGCACGGCGGCGUUUUCUAUCAGAUGAUGACAAUGAGAAGGCGGCCUCAACUUCUGGUAAAACUGAGAUCUGUGAGCAGAGGCUGGAGAAGCACGCUGAGUCUGCUGCCGGAAACAUUAAUUGGAAGUAUGUGCUCUGUUCACUUGUUGGCGUUUUAUCGCCAGAUCCUUGGAGACGUGCUCCUAAAGGACAGGAUGAGCUUGCAGAGUGCUGAUUUAAUUAGCAGUCCAGUGUUGGCCACCUUCCCCAGGCUCUUGGAGCAGCCUGACAUUAUGGAUGCUCUCAGGAGUUCAUGGGCUGAGAAGGAAAGCACAUUGAAGAGAUCAGAGAAGAGAGACAAAGAGUUCCUGAAAGCCACGUUUACCCUGGUGUACCAUGACUGUGUGUACCCGCUGAUCCAUUCCACGCUCCUGCCUCCCUUCAGGUGGGCAGAGGAGGAGACGGAGGCCACACGCUGGAGACUCAUCGCUGACUUCCUUAAGCAGAACCAAGAGAAGGAGGGCGCUCUCCAGGCUCUGCUGUCACCGGAAGGGGUUCACGAACCUUUUGAGCUUUCAGAGCAGACCUAUGACUUCUUAGGUGAAGUCAGAAAGAACGCAGCCUGACAGUGGUUGGCUGCCACCCUCAGCCUCCCCGGGGUCUGGUGGACCCUCCCUGGUG